AUGCUGCCCUGGGACCCAGAGGCCAGUGGCCUGGGUGGUGCAUGGAUGCUGCAGUCAGUAUGGGAACCGAACAGAGAGGCAACCCAGACUAGACCGCGAAAGACUGUGCAGGCCCCAAAGGCCCCGGAUAUUCCUGAUAUUUCCGCCACCACCGCUGCAUCAGCUGAACUAGUGCCUGCAGACACGGCUCAUCAAAAUGGGCAUUCCCAGGAAAAUCCCAGUAUUUGGCUUCCCGUGGGCGCAUUAAGUAAAGAUGUUCUUCAAGACAAAAUCUUGGGACCAAGUUUCCUAUUGUUGCGUCAAUCUGGUUGGCUUCGAGACAAUGACAUCAAAGAUUCUACUAAUCUCGAGAUAUGGAUCAAUACGGAUAUGACGAGCCGACGUCACUCCCAACGAUCAAUCUCGAAAUUGCGAAAUGCCGUCAAACAAAUCAUGGCCAAGAUUGACUGUUCUCCUGAAGCAUGGACAGGGCAGCGCGACGCUAAGACACCAGAUGCCGACAUUUCGAAUGGCGCCGAAGAUGAAUCCCUUUGGUAUAUUUUCAAUACCCUUGAAAAUCCAAAUCCUAACGUGGAAAUUAUGAAAGAUCCUUGGGCUCAAGGGGCUAUGGAGGACUUGUUGUCUGCAGACGAUUUUGUGGCGUACGGCCUUAAAACCCCGCUGUAUCCGUAUCAGCGUCGGUCUGCAGCUGCUAUGGUUCAGCGGGAGGCGCAACCGGCACAGAUGCUUGAUCCACGGUUGCAGCCUUGUCAGACUCCUACGGGCGUGGAGUAUUACUAUGACAAGGAGGAUGGAAUUAUUGUUCGUGAAAAAUCGAUGUAUUCCGAGGCUUGUGGAGGCAUUCUUGCAGAGACUAUGGGUUGUGGGAAAACACUUAUCUGUCUUGCUGUUAUCUGUGCUACCCGUGGACAUGUUCCUAUGAUUCCGAUCCAGUAUCUAACCCCAGCGGAUAAGCCGGAUCCCAGACCAGUCAGAGAAAAAGUGGGAUCUCUCAUGGAUAUGGCUGCUGCUGCUGUCGGCCGCCAUUCUCAACCUUGGAAAAACUUUUUUAUUGAAAAACGAAGACAAGGCGCGUAUCAUUACAAGUGUAUAAAGGCGUGUGAACGUGAGUGUGGUUUCUAUGAAAUUCCGCCACAUCAGACUCGAUACCAAGGCCGGAAUAGCAUGUCUUAUCAAAGACCACCAUCAAAGCGCAUCCGCAUUUGCUCCGGUACCAUUAUUGUCGCCCCAAACAACCUGGUGGAUCAUUGGGAGAAUCAAAUCAAGACUCACACCGAAUGUCUUAAAAUCUUGAUCCUGAGAUCGGGGUCCGAUAAAACACCUUCUGCUGACCAACUCAUGAAAUAUGACGUUGUUUUGUUCUCUAAGACUCGUUUCGAGCGAGAAGCGGGGGAGGCUACACACAAUCGGCGCAACAGCUAUGUCCAGAUUGAGUCGCCUCUUACGGAGCUUCAUUGGCUACGAAUGAUUGUUGAUGAAGGUCAUAAUGUCGCAGGAAGUGGCUCGAAAACGAACAUGAUUCAUCUUAUCAACCAACUCCACUUUGAGCGUCGCUGGGUGAUUUCCGGUACGCCAUCUACUGGACUUUAUGGAGUUGAGGUCAGUCUCGCUUCGCUCGAGGCCAAGACGAGUGACACGGAGUCAUCCGAAAAGAUUACUGCUGCUGCACUGAAGACUCGAAAGAAGACCGGAAAUGCGAUUGAUAAUGAGAUGAAGGACCUAGACAGGAUCAGACGGAUUGUGAUUGAAUUCCUGGAUUUGAAACCUUGGUCGAACUCGCGGGCAGAUGACCCUGCUGAUUGGACCAAGUACAUCAAGCCUCUUGGAGAAGAUGGCAAGCGACGGAAAACACCGGCGAUACGUGCAACGCUUCAAGGACUAGUGCUGCGACAUCGACUGGACGUGGUCAGUCAAGAGAUUACUCUCCCGAAGCUUUACAAUAAGGUCGUUUAUCUCCGGCCGACAUAUUAUGACCGCUUGUCCAUCAAUUUAUUCCUCUUUAGCCUCGCUGUCAAUUCAAUCACUUCUGAGCGCCAAGGUCCAGAUUACAUGUUCGACCCGAGCAACCGCAAGAGCCUGAACCAAACCAUCAACAACUUGCGUCAGGCUGGAUUCUGGUGGGUGGGCUUUGACAAAGACUUGCCGAAAACAGUUGAAGUUGCGCUUGAAUACCUUGAAAAAAAGCGGGAGAGCAUGACGGUCGCAGACAUCAACCAACUGAACAAGGGUGUGGAGAUUGCUCGCGGGGCCCUACAAUCUAGUAGGUGGCGUGAACUUCAAAGCCUCCAUGAGCUUGGUGUCUUUGUGGCGGAGUUCCCCGAAGAUAAUCGAGACCAUUGGGCACUCGACCCUCAAAUAGAGGAUGGUCCGCUUCUUAUGGGCAUUACCCAGGCUCGCUUUGCGCAGAAAUAUGUUACGAAGCAACUCAGACAGAUUGACCCCACACAGGGUCUGUCGGGUCAUGGUAUCACUGUGCGCCAAGAUCUCCGGCGGAGCCAUCAACGUACCUCGACAAAGGGUGCCCCGGAGUCCGCUCAUACGCCUGCAAUCCCUUCCAAAGCCAGACCUAGUCCUAGUUCGACCAACAAAUCGCCCAAAAAGACCUUCAAUCGCAACAUUUUCUGCACACUCCCAGCGCACUCACCUCUCAAUAAAACCUCAUUUGUCGGCACGGCAUCCGCCAAACUCACCUAUCUCCUUGACCAAGUUCUACUGCAUCAAGAGGCGGAGAAGAUUAUCAUCUUCUACGACAACAUAAACUCCGCCUUCUGGAUCGCCGAAGGCCUCGAGCUCAUUGGUAUAGAUUUCCGUAUCUACGCUAGUACCCUCAGCCCCAAGCUUCGCACGGAAUAUUUGACACUGUUCCGCGAAUCAAAUAACGUCCGAGUGCUCCUCAUGGAUCUCCGCCAAGCCUCGCACGGUCUUCAUAUCGCCCAAGCUUCACGCGUGUACAUAGUCAACCCCAUCUGGCAACCCAACGUCGAAAGUCAAGCGAUCAAACGUGCUCACCGCAUCGGUCAAAAUAGAACCGUGUACGUUGAGACGCUUGUUCUACAAGACACACUCGAAGACAGGAUGUUGAGACGAAGGAAGGAGAUGUCUGAAGCAGAGAUGCAACACGCCGAGAAGAGCUUGUUGGAUGACACUGCCAUGAGUGAUAUUAUCCAGAACGAACCUUUCCUGGAUAUGCCUGGAGAAGAUUCUUCCGGCGCGGCAUACUUAGAUCGUCCGACGGGCUUCUUUGAUCGUCAUCGUUUGCCUAUCCCAGAUAAUGAGGUCGCAGAAGAAGGAGGUUCCAGGAAGCGUUCUCACACAGCCAUCGCGACAGAGUCUGAUGCUGAUUCUGAUGCGACCACUUGGCCGGAGAAUAGAGCAUUCCCGACUCUCAAGCCUAAGAGAUCGCGUAUUGGUUUUGCGCAAAGUGUGCAAAUGCUGGGAAAUGAUGUUGAGGGUGACAGCGACUCUCUAUCUCCGCGCCCUCUUUUCCCUGAUACGUCUCCUCCGGACAAUGACGGCAAUUUUGAGAACGCGCGAGUGUCUCUCUUUGGGCCUUGA